AUGACUUUAAUCGAAACCGAUCCAUCACGGUCACUCUUGGGAAACACCGAGAAUAUUCUCUAUGUGUGCUUAGACCUAUAUCCUUGUUCUCGAUGGUACACUCUCUGUCAAACCCUAACCAAUGACACCAGUGAGGAGAAGAAGUCCAGUGGGUAUGUUUUGGCUCCCCUCGCGAUUCCCCAUUCUCCUCAUGCUCGCCCUUCGGGUCUCGUAGCGGUUGGUUCAAAUAUCUACAACAUUGAGCACUCUUCUUGUGUGUCGAUUCUGAAUUGUCUGUCUCACACGUGGAGCGAGGCUCCAUGCUUGCGGGAGAAGGUAUCUUCACUUUCUGCUAGCGUCGUUGAUCAAAAGAUUUAUGUUGCAGGAAGAAUCUGCAAAGGUCUCUAUUACUGCAAGAACUCGUUCGAGGUGUUCGACACAAAAACACAAAUUUGGGAUCCUGACCCCAUCCCUUGCGAAUACAGUUUUGUGAACCCCAGAAGUGCAUGUAUUGACGGGAAGUUCUAUGUGAAUGCUGGCACAAACGUGGUUGCUUACGAUUCCAAGGAAGGUAGGUGGGACCUGGAUAGAGGAAAUAUGAUUGAUCAUAUGCAUUUUGAUUGUUAUUGCGAGAUAGAGAACGUUCUCUACUCUGCUUAUUAUGGAGUGUUGAGAUGGUAUGACACCAAGGUAAGAAAGUGGAGAUCUGUGAUGGGUUUGCUAGAUCUACCUGAGUUCCAUCGUAAUAUUCAUGUUAGAUUGGCUGAUCAUGGUGGAAACAUGGCGGUUAUGUGGAGAGGGGAUUUGCUUGAUUCUAGCCCUAGUACUGGCUUCUAUAAGAAGAAGUUUUGGUGUGCAGAGAUUGCGCUUAAAAGACGCCUUUCACGUGAAAUUCUAGGGAUAGUUGAGUGGUGUGAUCAUGUGCUUACGGACUGUAAUCAUAUGGUCUCGUGA